UCAUGGAAGAGAUUAAGCCGAUCGAGGCAAAAGUGGUGCAAUUCUAUGACCAGAUAAAUCCGAUCCAACUCCUACAAGAUUUCAAUGAUGGAGUCCAUUCCUCAAUGUCAAUGUCAAUGUCAGUGGAGAACAGAACCAUGGUAGAUGAAGAAAUUACAGUGCGCUUUGAUGAUGAGGCGUUGACUAUAAAACAGCUACUUGCUGGAGGGAAGAAGCAGCUACAAAUGUUAAUAAUUUGUUGGGAUGCCUGGACUCGGUAAGACUACUUUAGCCACAAAACUGUACAAUGAUCCUUACAUCACACACUACUUUCAUACUCGUGCAUGGACCUAUGCUUCUCAAUUACCCAGAAAAACAGAUACGUUGUUGGACAUUUUACGUUCUGUUAAUGUCGUCUUUACCGAUGAAAUUGUAAACAUGACCAAUGAGAAGCUAGGCGAAAAGUUGUACAAGCAAUUAAAAGGCAAGAGAUAUCUCAUUGUCAUUGAUGAUUUAUGGGAUAUUGGUGCUUGGGUCGAUCUUAAAAUGUAUUUCCCCAAUGACAACAAUGGAAGUAGAGUUAUGUUCACAAGUCGCCUCAAAGAGUUGUCUAUGCAUGCCUCACCUGAUUGCCAUCCUCAUUGUCUGUGUUUUCUCACUGAAGAAGAGAGUUGGGAGUUAUUACAAUGGAAGGUGUUUCAAAAUGAAAGUUGCCCUCCAGAACUGAUUGGAAUUGGGAAGCAAAUAAUGAAAAAAUGUGAAGGGCUUCCGCUUGCAAUUGUUGUAAUAGCAGGACUUCUUGCAAAGAACAUCAAGACAAAAGAGUCGUGGAAACAAGUUGCCCAAAGUGUAAGAUCAUACAUUGUUAGUGAGCCAGACCAAUACUUGGACACACUAGCACUGAGUUACAAUCACUUGCCUCGCCACUUGAAACCAGGCUUUCUCUAUUUAGGAGCAUUUCCAGAAGAUCAAGAAAUCACGGUGCAAAGAUUAAUUUGGUUAUGGAUAGCUGAGGGGUUUAUACAAAAAUUGAGCAGAACAGCUUGGAGGAAGUAGCGGAGGGUUACUUAAUGGAUCUAAUUCAAAGAAGUCUGGUAAUUGUUGCUCAAAAAAGGUUUGAUGGUCGAAUUAAAGCAUGUCGUAUGCAUGAUUUGUUGCAUGAUUUAUGCUUGAAGAAAGCCAGGGAAAUUAAUUUCCUACAGUGGAUUCACAAUUAUGAAGACACUUCUC